UAUGGAAGAUGAUAACUUUGCUACAUCUUUAAAUGGCUCAGAUGUUUUUAUUCCCACGAAUGAAACCCAUGAUCUACCUACAAUUACGGAAGUUCCAAGAAACUUUACGGGUUUAGAUAAACUGGAAGCUGGCCUUGUGCAAGCUCGAGCAACAAUAAGAGAAGCAAGGAAUGGGAACCAAAUCAAUGAUUCCGACUAUGCACCUUAUGGUCCAAUAUAUUGGAAUGCCCCCGUCUUCCACAGGAGCUAUUUGGAAAUGGAAAAAAGAUUUAAAGUAUAUGUUUACGAAGAAGGAGAACCGCCGAUAUUUCACGAUGGUCCUUGCAAGAGCAUAUAUGCAAUGGAGGGUAACUUUAUUUUCCAAAUGGAAACGUCCAAGUUCCGAACUUGGGAUCCCGAAAAAGCUCACAUAUUUUUCCUUCCCAUUAGUUCAACAAUGAUGGUCCGCUUUAUAUUGGACCGCAAAUCUCAAGACCAUUGGGGUCCAAUGAAGCGAACCGUCAAAGAUUAUGUAAAUCUUGUUGCAUCAAAAUACGCUUUUUGGAACCGAAGUCGUGGUGCUGAUCACUUCAUUGUUGCAUGCCAUGAUUGGGGGCCCGAGCUUUCAAAGGCUGUUCCAGAUCUCUUUACAAACUCCAUACGUGCCCUAUGCAAUGCAAACACCUCAGAAGGGUUCCAGCCAUCAAAGGAUGUUUCAAUCCCUGAAAUCUUGCUUCAUGAUGGGACAAUGCGUGGUCAAAUUGGCGGGCCAUCCCCAAGGCAGCGCCCUGUUUUGGCUUUCUUUGCUGGUGGGGUUCAUGGCCCAAUAAGACCGAUUCUCUUGGAGCAUUGGGAGAACAAAGAUUCCGAUGUACAAGUUCACAGGUACCUUGCAAAGGGUGUUUCAUAUAUGGAUAUGUUGAGGCAAAGUAGAUAUUGCAUAUCUCCAAGUGGCUAUGAGGUCGCUAGCCCACGAAUGGUUGAAGCCCUUUACACGGGUUGUGUUCCGGUACUCAUCAAAGAUCAUUACGUGGCACCAUUUAGCGAUGUAUUGAAUUGGAGAUCGUUUGCCGUCAUAAUUGACAUUGAGGACAUUCCUAAUCUCAAGAAAAUCUUGAUGGGAAUUUCGACGAGGCAGUACCUACGAAUGCAAAGAAGGGGUAAACAGGUAAAAAGACAUUUUGAGGUUAAUCAUCCACCAAAGAGGUAUGAUGUCUUUCAUAUGAUACUACAUUCUGUUUGGCUUCGAAGACUUAAUGCCCGUAUUCAUGUUAGCAACUAAGUUUUGAUCCUUGGUAUUGAAGAAGGGUAUAUGUAUGUUUCAAUGUUGAAUAUGAUCUGUUUCUGUUAGCCUUGUAUUAAGAAAAAUGUUACAAUAUUAGCACAUAAUUUAGA